GGUAACACAACAGUCGGCUGACGACAACUCUACCUUCCCUUGUUCAGACCAUCGCUUUUGCUCUUCAACUUCGUAUCUCUCAGGUACAAUAAUCCCAUCUCGCAACUGGCCACGUCUAUUUUACUUCUCGUCUCCCCUCAUCCCUCUGACUCUCCUAAAACGCCGGUAGUCUUCCUCCGACCAUCUCCAAAAGAGCCCCACAUCUCUCACACACUGUUCCUCUCUCCAACACGCCAUCGUCUGCAUCCGAGUCAGUGUAGACGACAGUCCAGUCACCGGCUAGAUCAUUACAAGAAGAGAAAUACCUUUCUAAAGGAGAUAAUGUGUUCCUCUGAUUGUUUCUUGGCCGUUUUGGCCGUUCUCUUCCCUCCACUUCCUGUCUGGGUCAAGCGUGGUAUUUGUUCAGCAGACUCUCUUAUCUCAUUAGCGUUGUGUUGCCUUGGAUGGUUCCCCGGUCUCAUUCACUCCUGGUACAUCAUUUCAAGAUACCCAGACCCAUGGGAUACCGCUUACGCGCCGCUCGCUCAUGAAUCGCAAGGCACUGCUUACUACUAUCAUCAAGUCGCGCCCGCUCAACAUCCUGCUCAUUCCUGCGCUCAUCAGUCACGUCCCCAGUAUCAACAGCCAAAUCCCCAGUAUAGCACCUUCCGAGGCGGGCCCCCUAAGCCCGCACCUGCUGAGAAUAGGCAGCGACAAUAUACUGUGAUUCAGCCCGUUCCUGCAUCUCCUGCCCCCGCUGGAAAUAGGCAACCGGAGAGGUACACCAGCCACGAGCAACAAACUCCUCCAGAAACACCAAUGAAUGGCCUUGGGGGCGAAGGAAGUAGCAUGCACAUCCCAUCUGGCGAACCGCCUAGCUACGCCAGCAUCGUUCAGGGCGAUCACAAGAUCCAGACAGAUGAUUAGGAAUAGGGGAGCAAAACUGUAGAUUAGAUGAAGGGUGGUGGGUACUCGGGAAAAAUUGAUCUCUUUUCUGCUUAUGUUUGCCUUUUUAUCUCUUAUUCCUUUGGAGGGUUUCAGAUUUCAAUUCUUUCCCCCGCUACUGUUUGAUCUCAGCUACCGCUGCUGGGGCAGAUGGGGGUUUUUAAUGGUGUGAGAACGACGAUAUGUUCUAUGAUUUGGGUUUUGGCGUGUUUGGAUAUGGGUCGGUUCUUUUAAUACUACCUCUGUUUUAGUUUUUAUCUUUUCACUUCACUCAUUUCGCCCCUUCAUCUGACGGCAUUACCCCAUGUAAAACCUUGUCCGUGGCUGCGUCCCCCGUAGGGCAUCAUUUCAUCUGAGAGUGCUUUUGGUCGAUGGGCGUUUGCUCAACAAGUGAAUUAAACUUCACCUAGUGCUUUUUCAGUCACUGAACAUUGAUAAUAAUUACUCUUUCUUUUG